AUGAUAGGAAUAAAUAAAAUGAUUAUACAGAGAACAGAGUUAUAUACUACAACAGGAGUAGUUAAAAGUACAAUCCACGGAAAUAUUAUAAAUAUUUCUUUUAAUAGAAACAUACAAUAUCAAUAUAGACAAAUUAGUAAUAAGAAUAAAAAUAGGAAUUUAAGUCCACGAGUACUUAAUUUAAAGGAAAAGGGCACUGCAAGAGUAACCAAAUUAAAUAAAAACAGAAAAAAAGGAAUGAGAGUUGUACAAAAGAAAGAUAUUUUAAACGCUAAGUUGAAUGUACAAACACCAAUAGUUGUUGAGGAAAUUAAAAAUAUUAGUUUCGCUUCACAAAUGGUACAUAAGGAACACGACAAUUUACCGACGUUGCGGUCAAAACAACGAAUGUUAUUAAAAGCAUAUUUUGAUCAAUUACGAAUAAACAAUUUAAAGGCUGUAAAUAACAUUUUUACAUUAAAAAAGAGAGUAUUAAAUUUAAAAAGCAAUUAUUUAAUUGUAACAUAUAGUCCGAAAGGAACAAAAGUUAAUAAGGCUAAUGUUUUACAACAAUUGUUAAAAUAUAAACAAUAUUUUACAAAAAAAUGGGCUUUCAAACUAAAAGCGAGAGUUACAAAAACGAACUUUAUAAAAACUCAAAUAGCGCUGGAAAAGCAAAAAGUACGAAAUAUCGCACAGCCAUGUUAUAUUAGUCUUAACCAAAAGAUAAAUAAAAAAUUACAAAAAUUACAAAAACAAAAGUUAGUUCUAACAAGUAAGGCAAAAUUACAAAGAUUUAAAAAACAAAGAUAUCUGUUUUUAAAAAGCCAAAGUAAAUUAGAUAUAGAUUUAUUGUUAAUAGAAUUAAAAAAGAAAGCGCGACAAUCGAAAAUAAAGUACAAACGGCGUACAAAAAAAAAGGUUAAAAGUGUGAAGGUUAUUGAGGAGUUAAAAGACUUUGUAGCUCUUGAAGAAGAAAUGGAAGCUUAUUAUAAAACUCCAGUUGAAACAAUUAUGUCAUCAAUAGUAACAAAAUAUACUGAAAACGCAAAACCAUUAAUACUAAAAAACUUACAACAAAAAUUGCGAGUGAAAGAGUAUUUACAGUACUCACAAAUAAGACGAUUAAUAGAUAUAACGAAUGAAAAGGAAUUAUAUAAAAAUAAGGAGCUGAGCAAAAGAAAUGAAAAAAAACUGAAAAAAAGUAUUCAACAAAAAUUUCUUAAAACUGUAGUAAUAGCUGUAAAUCAUAAAAAAAAUCAACAAAAAGAUAGUAAAAAAGAAUUAAUUAUUAAAGUAUUAUUAAAUAUCUUACGAAGAAAAGGUGAAGUACCUUUUGAAGGAAAGAUAGAUAUGGUAUUACCAUAUUUAAAAGAGUUAGGGAGAAAACAAGACGAUGCGAAGAUGAAUAAUUUAGCGUUAAAUUUACAAAUGAGGAUCGUAACCGAUUUAUUAAACUAUAAAGGUGAUACAGAAGUAAAGAACAAUCAUGUGGCUUUAGUACGUAAACGAAUAGAUUAUCUAAACUAUAUGAGUCAAAACCCACGAAGAUCACGAAAUGCAGGGCCGAGAUCUGAUUAUAAAGUUAUUGGGAAAGCAAAAUAUCAGGGAAAAAUGAUGUAUGCUAAAUUAACUGAACAAAGAAAGAUGUUAGAAAAUGUAGCUCUUAAAAAUAAUUAUAAUAUAUUAAAUAAUAUUAUAGAAUCUGAAAAAAAAUUAUAUAAGUUAAGAUUACCAAAACAAAGAGUCACAGUACCGACCUUAUACCAAAUAUAUGAAAGAGUAAUAAAUCAUAUAAAAGGAUUCGAAAGAAAAACACAAGGGGUAUACUCGAAAGCAAAAAAAUUUCAAAAUAUACUAACAAAACUACAAGCAAUAAAAAGAAAUAAAAAAGGAACUAUAAAAAAAAGAAGAUUGAAAAAAGCGCAAGAAGAAACGACAGCUCCUGUUACUAUUCCAUUAACCCAAGGGGUUUUAAGAAUAACCUUAAAAAAAAAAAAUAUGUUUCUUGUAUUACAAAAUUUAAGUACAAAACAUAUAGAUACAACAGUAACAGCAAGACAAGAAUAUUAUCGAAUAUAUAACCCAAAAGAAAUCGAUCCAUUGGAGAAAAAAAAAAAACAAGCGUUGAAAUUAACAGCAUUAAAACCGUUAGGGCCAAUAGGACGAGUGAUAGGAACAGAUUUAUUUAGAAGAAGAGUAAUAACACAAGUCUUACUAAAUCUAAAAGCACAAAUAAAAUAUAAUGUAUUAGAUAUAGAGAUAAGAAAGCCGGGAUUUCAUUCAAUAAUAAAUACAAUAUUAUAUAAACUAUGGUAUAUAUAUGAAGAUCAAGGAUUACUUCGAAUGUACAAAUUUACAAAAAAUAAAGCACAUGGAAGUAUGAGAAAAAAAAAACACAGAAGAUUAUAA